GAGACGAAGCAGCGCAGCCUCGCCGCAUCAUGAAGCCCGUCAUUGCCAUCCCGGCAACUGCGGCCCUUGUGCUGAGGGCCUGGAAGAAGAAGUCUCUGACCCCGGCUGGCAUCGUUGCUGCCGCCGCCACGGCCAUUGCACAUGCCUACCACCCGUGGAAUCUGCCCUUUGUCCUGCUUGUCGUCUUCUUUCUCGCGGGCACGCGAGUCACGCAUGUCAAGGAAAACGUCAAGGCCCAGCUCACCGUGAGUGCAAAGGGAACCUCAGGCGGCGAGGGUCCUCGGACACACGUUCAAGUCUUUGCCAAUUCGCUCGUGGCAUCAGUUCUGUCUGUUCUCCACGCAAGACAGCUCUACGCCCGGGCUGCUGCCCUCAAGACCCCUGGCGCGGCCGAGCCGGACGGAUCGCUCUGCUUCUCGUGGGGAGGCGACCUCCUUGUCGUCGGCAUCAUUGCAAACUACGCCGCGGUUGCCGCCGACACGUUCAGCUCGGAGUUGGGCAUCCUGUCCAAGAGCGAACCCCGCCUUAUCACGUCGCUGACGCUCCGAAAGGUGCCCCGCGGCACAAAUGGCGGGGUGACGCUGCUGGGUCUGGGAGCUGGGCUUCUGGGAUCGCUCACCAUCGUCACGGCUUCCAUGCUUUUCUUGCCCCUGUGCGACGAAACCACCGCUACGAAGCGUGCGGGCGGCGUGCCCUGGUCAGCAGACAACAGGCGACUGUUCAUGGCGUUCAUGGUCGUCUGGGGCACUCUGGGCAGCGUCCUGGACAGUAUCCUCGGUGCCACCUUCCAGCGUUCCGUCAAAGAUGUGCGAACGGGCAAGAUUGUCGAAGGCGAUGGUGGCUCCCGAGUGCUGGUGUCCAGCGAAGCCGGAGGCUCGGAGAAGCGGGCUGACGUCAAGGCUUCCUUGCAACAGGAGGAGGCCACUGAUGAAGCUGUCGAUGAGUCUACCGAGGCAGCCGACAAGUUCGACCCCAAGAACAAGCACCGGAAGCCUAGCUUUGGGGACGAGAAGCCUUCUCGUGUUGUUGAGAACGGCUGGGACUUGCUUGACAACAACGACGUCAACUUUCUGAUGGCCGUGAUGAUGAGUGUUGGCGGAAUGGCGGUGGCCAGCUGGUACUGGGGAGUUCCUUGGCAGAGUCUUUGGACUGCAUGAGCUG